UUAUAAAGAGCCUCCUUUUUCUCACCACUAAACGUCUCCAAACCGCAACACAGCAUGAAUUAUCCAUGGGAAAAUCGUCUGUAAGAAACAUGUUCCUUAUAGACUGUGAUGCCUGUGGACUACACCUCCUAAUCUGGUCUCCAGAUGUUUAACCCAUCUCACUUUUUUUUUUCUGAGAUGCAGUCUCAGUCACCCAGGCUGGAGUGCAGUGGUAUGAUCAUAGCUCACUGCAGCCUUAAACUCCUAGCCUUGAGCCAUCCUCCCAGCUCAGCCUUCUGAGUAGCUAGACUACAAGCACAUGCCACCACACCUGGCUAAACCAUCUCCCACUGGGCUUUGUUCACCUCUGUCCACUGACUGAACUUCCUAGGUGCUCUGAACAGGCUACUUACAACAAACCACACUCCAAUUCUUCAGAGAGGGUUAGGGAUUUGAGCGCAAUCCAUUUAGGUUGAUGGAUAUCAGUUAAACAGAGGACAUUGGGUACAUAUUGAGCCUGGGAAAUCCAAGGCCUUGAACAUAACUUUUAGAGGUUAAAAUGAAGAAAUCAGAAAUUCAAGAAGCUCAUUUCUGGGCAAGCACAGAUAGCCAAGGGUCUCGUGUUCCCCGUUAGGGCAGGAUGAGAGGCCUAAGUAUAGAUGGGCCUGCGUAUGAAGACGUGGAUGCUUACAUGGUCUUGCUGAGCUAAGAGAAAGAAAAAAGGAGGAGCUAAUCCCAGACUAGGGAAAGGAUGAGGGAGUGGGUGACAGCUUGUUCCACAGGAAGUUUCUUUGGGCCCUGAUAUUCCAAAGAAACUAGCCAAACUCGGCAGACAAAAGUUUCAGUAUUGCCUUUUUCUUUUUAUAGUCCCUACCUACAUUCCAGUUGAUUUUUCAGCAUGCCUCCUGGAUGCUGUGGAGUUUUAAGUUCCAUGAGGGUGUGUUCACUGCUACAUCCCCAACACUAUCACUUAGAACACAGUACUCAGUAAGUGUCUGCUGGAUGGGUCAUCAACAGCUAUAUGUGCCGUGAGAUGGAUGUGUGAAGGGGUCUGUAUCCAUCCACUGUACAGUGCAUGCUCCUAGUUCCCACAGUGAUUUAUGAUCCUCUGUGCGAUAGGUCCUUUUGUCCAGCCACCUGCCCCUUGAUAGAUCUGAAAGCCCUUAGUCGUUUGGCUCAAAUGCCCUAACUUGGGAGACUAGCUUCUUAUUAACUAAACCGUUGCACCACUCACUCUUGUAGCCUUAAAUUAAUUUGGGUUAAUUCUUAACUGUUUCCCUUCUGUACAUGUGUCACUUAAUAGUUUGCCUUUAUCUGAUUUUCCCCAAUUUCCUGUGCAUUUGUGGUUUUCUACAGAAGCUCUCUAGCGAGGCCUCAGCCACACCAGAUCAGUGUGGGCACUUGAAUUUUCUAGGAGGCCUCUCCUCUCCUGCUGCCCUGGGUCUCAUCCAACUGGUAUCCACCCAAACAUUCCCACACAGGGAAUUAUUUAUGCUACAGGAAGAAGAAUACUCUUCACAGAGCCAGUUCUUGGAAAAAAAGAAGAACUAUUGGUAGAGCCAGAGCUCAAAAAGAAGAUUAUUCUUCAACAACUAAAGGUCCUCCAUCAAAUCCUCUUCUUUGUCCCUGAGAUCUCCUCUGCUCCAAUUUGGACAUCUCACUCUCUAAGCUCCUGCACAGAAAUCACCCAGGGUCUUCACUAGAUCAGACUGCUUCCGAGAGCCCACGUUUUGUUCAUUCUGGUCCUACGGCCUUGGUUUGCUAAAGCAAUUCCCCAGCCUCAUGGAGGCUUUACUUGCAGAUCAACUUUCAAAAUGUAGGAAGUCAGAAUAGGUGACAUCAUCAGAAAAAUAUGUGGAGCUGAUCUCAACAAGAAGUGAAGAACCCAGAGCGAGAAAGCGGUUGCAACUCCUGGGCCCAGGGAGCUGGCAGCGUCUGGGCUUCAGAGCAGCUGGCACCUCUGAAUUGUCUUGAAGUGAGGCUCUGCUGUGCUGCUAUUCUGCUGACUCCAAGAUCUGAAUGCUGUGACCACUAAUUUGAUUCAGCUUGGAAAACACCACACUGAAGACCUCAGGGUUCUGUUUUUAACUCAAGAGAGGAGCUGCAGUAGAUUCCACCUCAAGGUUGAACCAAGACUCUGAGGCUGAUAUGCAAUGUCACUUACAACAUUAAUCAGAUACUGCAUUUAAGAUCUUGAUGUGGAGAAGAUGGAGGGGGCAGAACCAAGGAUUUCCAAGUGAUUUCUUCCAAAGCACGGGACACUAUCUCUGUUAAGGCUGGUCUGUUCCAACUGAGAUGACAGUCAUGUCCUUUUCCAGGGACCUCAAGGACGACUUUCACAGUGACACGGUACUCUCCAUCUUAAACGAGCAGCGCAUUCGGGGCAUUUUAUGUGAUGUCACUAUCAUUGUGGAAGACACCAAAUUUAAAGCCCACAGCAAUGUCCUGGCAGCUUCCAGCCUUUAUUUCAAAAAUAUCUUUUGGAGCCAUACAAUCUGUAUUUCCAGCCACGUUCUGGAGCUGGAUGAUCUCAAAGCUGAAGUGUUUACAGAAAUACUUAAUUAUAUCUACAGCUCCACAGUCGUUGUCAAGAGACAGGAAACAGUCACUGAUCUUGCAGCUGCAGGAAAAAAGCUGGGAAUAUCGUUCUUGGAAGAUCUUACUGAUCGCAGCUUCUCCAAUUCCCCAGGUCCCUAUGUGUUCUGCAUUACUGAAAAGGGAGUAGUUAAAGAAGAAAAGAAUGAAAAAAGGCAUGAAGAACCAGCCAUCACCAAUGGGCCGAGGAUCACAAAUGCGUUUUCCAUCAUUGAAACAGAAAAUAGUAAUAACAUGUUUUCUCCACUGGACUUGAGGGCGAGUUUCAAAAAGGUCUCUGACUCCAUGAGAACAGCUAGCCUUUGCCUGGAGAGGACGGAUGUCUGCCGUGAGGCCGAGCCUGUCCGCACACUCGCCGAGCACUCCUAUGCUGUCUCUUCUGUAGCUGAGGCUUACAAAAAUCAGCCUGCAUGUGAGCAUGACAGCAGUUCACCUGGUCAGACAGGUAAAGAAAAUUCGGAAGCUCUUGCAGCAAAACCGAAAACCUGCCGAAAGCCAAAGACACUCUCCGUACCCCAGGAUUCUGAUUCAACUACAGAAAAUGCACCACUCCCUCCAGUAACCAACCUAGAGGUUAGUCAAGAAAAAAGUCCACAGCCAGCUACAGUUCUUCCUCACUCAAAAUCUCCCAGCAACGAAGGAGAUGUCCACUUUUCCAAGGAAGAUGAAAGUCAACCUUCUGAGGUUCCUGGGCCUCCAGCAGCAGAGGUUCCGCCCCUCGUCUACAAUUGCAGCUGUUGUUCCAAGUCCUUUGACAGUAGCACUCUGCUCAGUGCCCACAUGCAGCUUCACAAGCCGACUCAGGAGCCUUUGGUGUGCAAGUAUUGUAACAAACAGUUCACCACCCUGAACCGUUUGGAUCGGCACGAACAGAUCUGUAUGAGGUCAAGCCACAUGCCCGUUCCUGGAGAAAACCAACGCUUUUUAGAACACUAUCCUACCAUCGGACAAAACAGUGGUUCAUUCACAGGUCCAGAAGCUUUAUUAUCUGAAAAUAGGAUUGGUGAAUUUUCCAGUACUGGGAGUACCUUGCCAGACACAGACCACAUGGUUAAAUUUGUUAACGGGCAAAUGCUCUACAGUUGUGUUGUGUGCAAACGUAGUUAUGUAACUUUAUCCAGCCUCCGAAGACACGCAAAUGUCCACUCAUGGAGAAGAACAUAUCCUUGCCAUUACUGCAACAAAGUGUUUGCAUUGGCCGAGUACAGGACAAGGCAUGAAAUUUGGCAUACGGGAGAAAGGAGGUACCAGUGUAUUUUCUGUCUUGAAACUUUCAUGACCUACUACAUACUCAAAAAUCAUCAAAAGUCUUUCCAUGCCAUAGAUCAUAGACUGUCCAUCAGUAAAAAAACAGCAAAUGGGGGCCUGAAGCCUAGUGUCUAUCCAUAUAAACUUUAUAGGCUACUGCCUAUGAAAUGCAAGAGGGCUCCUUAUAAGAGCUACCGAAAUUCUUCCUAUGAAAAUGCUCGAGAAAGCAGUCAGAUGAAUGAGUCUGUACCUGGUACCUAUAUUCAGAAUCCACACAGCUCUGAAUUACCUACGUUGAAUUUCCAAGAUAGUGGAAACACCGUCACCAAUAGUCCAGCCAUCCCCUUGGAAACAUCUGCAUGUCAGGACAUACCCCCUUCUGUUAAUGUACAAAAUGCGGAGGGCACCAAGUGGGGUGAGGAGACAUUGAAAAUUGAUCUUGAUGGUAACUUUUAUUCAACUGAGGUGUCCGUGUCUUCCACAGAAAAUACUCUCGGUUCUGGCCUCAAGGCAGGGGAGGCACCUGCUUUGUCCUUGAGUAAGGCCAGCGAGAACCCAGCCUCUGUGAUCAGCUACGGUGGCUCAGCACCCUCCGUCAUUGUGCACAGCAGCCAGUUUUCGUCGGUGAUAACACACAGCAAUGCUGUUGCUUCCAUGACUGGCAGCAACCACAGAGCCCUUCCAGACUCGGCUGUCAGCCAGUCCCUGAAAGACGACAGUAAACCCGAGCCAGACAAAGUGGGUAGAUUUAUGAGCAGGCCUAAAAGCAUUAAGGAGAAAAAGAAAAUGGUACCGCAUAACAGGGGAGAAACACCAGAGGAGUCAAAAUAUGUUGCUGAUCCUGGAGGAUCAUUAGGCAAAGUCACAAAUACUGUCGAAGAAACCAGCAAAAUUGAAACCUACAUCGCAAAACCAGCUCUGCCUGGUACGUCCACCAAUAGCAAUGUUGCGCCCCUCUGCCAAAUAACAGUGAAAAUUGGGAAUGAAGCCAUUGUGAAAAGGCAUAUUCUAGGAUCUAAACUGUUUUAUAAAAGAGGGAGAAGAACCAAAUGUCACGUGCAGGAGGAGACGUUACCACACAAGAGUGACCCAGAACCCAGCGGAGACAGCCCACUUGACCUUUGCCAGUCCGAGUGUGUGGAGAUGAACGAAGUGUUUGAUGAUGGAAGUGACCAGGACUCCACUGAUAAACCAUGGCGCCCUUACUACAACUACAAACCAAAAAAGAAAUCCAGACAAUUGAGAAAAAUGAGGAAAGUCAGCUGGAAGAAAGAGCACGGUAACAGGAGCCCAAGCAGCAAGUGCAGAUACCCAGCAGAGCUGGACUGUGCCGUGGAGAAGGCGCCUGAGGAUAAGGCCUUUGAGGAGGAGGAGAACAAAGAGAUGCCCCAGCUGCAGUGUGAACUCUGCGAAGGAGACAAAGCAUCUGAGGCUGGAAACCAAGGCAGGCCCCACCGACAUCUCACUUCUAAGCCUUAUGCCUGCGAGCUCUGCGCUAAGCAGUUCCAGAGCCCUUCCACACUGAAAAUGCACAUGAGAUGUCAUACCGGAGAGAAGCCAUAUCAGUGCAAGACUUGUGGACGGUGUUUUUCGGUGCAAGGAAACUUACAAAAACAUGAACGCAUCCACCUGGGCUUAAAGGAGUUCAUCUGUCAGUAUUGCAACAAGGCAUUCACCUUGAAUGAGACCCUCAAAAUCCAUGAAAGAAUCCAUACUGGGGAAAAGCGGUACCACUGUCAGUUCUGCUUUCAGAGUUUUCUGUAUCUCUCCACAAAAAGGAAUCACGAGCAGAGGCAUAUUCGGGAGCACAAUGGGAAGGGAUAUGCCUGCUUCCAGUGUCCCAAAAUUUGCAAAACAGCUGCUGCCCUUGGAAUGCACCAAAAGAAACACUUAUUCAAAAGCCCAAGUCAGCAGGAGAAAAUAGGUAACAUGUGCCAUGAAAACUCAAGUCCCUUGGAGAAUCAACAUUUCAUAGAUUCCGAAGACAGUGACCAAAAGGAUAACAUUCAAAACAUUGCUGAAAAUGUGCUUUGAGUGGCAACGGUUCAGCAGUCAGAAACAGCCUCAAAAAUAUGUUUUUUUCUUUUUUUUUAUUUAGUUUUGUUCACAUGGCAGUCAUGAAGGAGUGAAAUGUUAAAAAAAAAAAUUCAUUUGUGAAAAUUACAGAAAAAGGAUCCUAAUAUCUACUUUGGGUUUUAGCAUUAACUUCAUGCAAAGUGCAUAAAAACAAAAGAGCUGAAUCCUUUAGUAUCCCAAGUAUCUUCUGAAAGUUAAUGAAGUUCUUAGCUGUGGUAUUUCUACCAGUAGAAAAAGGAGUUUUAAUUUUCACCUGAUUUAAAACUUUCUAGUAAAUGCUAAUAGAAGCUGGCUGCUGAACUACCUUUAGUCACUGGAGAAAAUAGGAGUCAGAUACCCUGAAGAUGGCAUCUUCAUGAAUAUGUUCAGUGGUAAAUGAGCUGUGACGGUCUUUACUCCCAUCUGGCUUCUGCACUAUUAAAAUUUGUUUAAAUUAAUGGAUACAUAUGAGAUAUUUAACAAUAUAACUGCAAAUAUGUGUGUAAUGAGUAACCUAAAGUAGGACAUUCAUACAUCUAGAACUACUUUUCUGCAACACAAUCUUGUAAAAUAACAUAUAAAUCACUAUAACGUUUAACUGUCCAUAUCCUCUCUAGAGAUUAGGAGCAAUAGAUCUGCAAAUCAUGAAGACCGAUGUAAAAAUUCUUAGAAAGCAUUUUGAAUAUUAUUUAAGAUCAUGUGAAUGCUUUUAGGUGGAAUAUUGUUCUCUUGAAGUUAUGGCUGAGCUGUUGUUAGAACUGAUCUACUCAAGUCACAGAAAACAUAGGUCAUGCCUUAUCUAUGGGGGAAAGCCCUCCCAGAAUUUACCUGUGAUUACCUGUGCUGCAUAUUACUUUGCAGUGGCCUCACCUCAGAGAAUGAAGGAGGGUCAAAUUCUUCUGAAACUCUCUGCAGUCUUCCAGCCAUCACAAGGCCAUGGAUGUGCAGGUCUACUCCAGACAGACAUAACCAGAGAGACUUAAGGGUUUAAGUAAACUUCACAUCUCCCAUUCCAGUAAAGGAGUGUCCGGGCGAUUUAGCGCAAGGCACUAAUUUCCAAGCACUUGUAAGUGGCGGAAAGCCUAAUUCCUAUAAGCUGCCUUGGAGGUUAUGCAGCCUACAAGUGCGUAAUAGUAUAAAACAAAAUGACAACAGUCCCCCACCCCAACCUCACCCAUUAAUGACUUGAGUGAGCAAGAAGAAGUGAUGACCUUCCUUGCUUAAAACAGUAGCUUUGUUUUGGGGGAUGGGAAGGUAGGAUGGAAGUGACAAGGUUCUGUCCCUUACGUGACUCAAAUAUACCCACAAAGCCAGAUGCUUUGUCUUCAUGUUUGCAGACAUCUAGACCCCUUGCUUAAAACCUACGUACGUUUUUUAAUGUUUUCACACUGACCCACACCGUCAACAUUGCCUUCAAAUCUAAAUGCCCUACAGGAUAUUCUGCCAUGUGGACUAGGUUCUUGGAAAGCUGGAAGUCAUGAUUCUUCUUAAACUGCCAGAAUAGGGGAGGGGGGAGAGAGAAAGAAAACAUUCCUACCUUUUGAUCACCAGUAUGAGCAGAAUCCAGAACCCAGUUUGAGUGACCUGCAGCUGUUCAUAUUCAUUGGGUUCGAUAGAUGGAAACCCAAGGUUAGCCAAGGUUGGAAGGUUAUCAUUAUGAAGAAGUAGCUUAGAGGACUCUGGUUUCUUUCUCCAAGUGAUGUGAUGUUUCCAUGAAGAAGACUUAGUAUGGAUUUGGGUGGGCAAGAAAGCAUUUAAUGCCCAAGAAAGGACAUGAUUAAAAUUGACCUUUUUUAUACUGUAGUAUUUUGCUGUUAAAGUAACCCCAAUAUUGUAUCUGCAUUUAUCUUUUGUUCAUCUACUUUCACUUACAUACAGUAUUAUAUAGUAGAGGAAAAUGGGAAAAUGCAAACAAAUUCAACUUUAUUUUAUACAUUGUAUAUAUGUACACCUACCUACACUAUUCAUUUGGGUUUUGUUAGUCACAAAGGGCUUAUGAAAAUCAUUUUUGAAUUGAUAAUUAGAAUAGUAAGCAAAUAAUCCUAUGAUUCACUAAUUUGUUUUAUCUGUUAGGUUUAUGAAUCAAGGAGAAUUACUCUGUGUAUUCUGGUCAUUUUGAUUUGACUUCAAAUAUAAAAUUAUGUGUAGUGAUGUCUCCUAACCCUUACAUGUGGAUAUUUUUUUCAGUGGACUUGUAUGCUGAUAAUUCUAGACCAAAGUAAAUAUGGCAGAAUAUUUAUACAUGAAAAAAUAUUUUGCAAAUAUUUUCUAUAAUUGUAUUCAUUUAAAAUGUUGAUAGCUUGUGUUAGUUUCAGGGAAGGGUGUAUAUUUUGAUAAAAAAUACUUGACUUUGUAAUUCUGUAUAUUAUAUACAAUUUAUAGCAGAGCCGUUUUAAGACAGCCUUGUCACAUUUUUUUGUUUAAUUGUGAAAAUUUUAUUAUGGGUGAUGUUAAAGUAUGCAUUGAGUACAUAAUGACCAACUAGAAUUAAAGUAAGUGUAAACAGUGAACAUACUGUAUGCUGUACAAGAGAUAUUGUAAUUUGCUGUUUUAGCAUCUGUAUUUUGGUUAGAAGAUAUUAUUAAAUACAGAUGUUAAGGAUUGGAAAAGUCUAAUUUUAUUUUUAGAAAUAAUGAAUAUAAAUUUGUUUUUGCUUGAUUAAAAUAGCUUAUUCCUAUAUUAAGUCUCUUUAAAUGUUUUAAUGGUUUUUUUUGUGCAGCUGUUCAUCUGUGUGGGUCUCAGCUUUAUUUCACGUAUUAUUCACUCAAUAUAUUUGUUUCCUUGUUUAUAGUCCGUGGAACCUACUUACAUGCUUCAGACUCAAAUGAAUUAUGACAUUAAAGAAAAGAAUAAGAGAGAAUGCAGUCUUCUGA